GGCGGGAGAGCGGCGGGGCCCAGAGCGUGACUCGCCCGCUUCGCGCUGCCUCUUCCGCCUCCGCGUCUCGCUGCCGUCCCCGCGCAGCCAUGUCCGAGGAGAAGCCCAAGGAGGGUGUGAAGACGGAGAAUGACCACAUCAACCUGAAGGUGGCGGGGCAGGAUGGCUCCGUGGUGCAGUUCAAGAUCAAGAGGCACACCCCACUGAGCAAGCUGAUGAAGGCCUACUGCGAGAGGCAGGGCUUGUCAAUGAGACAGAUUAGAUUCAGGUUUGAUGGGCAGCCAAUUAACGAAACAGACACUCCAGCCCAGCUGGAGAUGGAGGAUGAGGACACCAUCGACGUGUUCCAGCAGCAGACGGGAGGCCUGGCCUCCAGAGGGACCACCCCACACCCUGCCAGCGUCCUUGCAUUUCUUAUUGAAUGGUGAGCGACCACGCUGAUCACAGAGGAGUCCGAGAAAGACAAGGACAGUCACCGAAACGAUCCUUGAAGCACUUCAAGUGCAGCUCAAAACUCUGCAGGGAUGAGUCUACAGCUUACAUUGGGCCAAUCACAUUGUUCUCUUCGUGAAAUGAGUUUUAAGGUUUUGGGUUUGUUUUUGUUCUCGGUUUUGUUCAUCGCCCCUCUCAAAACAUGUUUUCCUUCAAACCUGUGGCCAAAUGUUGGCGUUCAGUCUGUGGCCAGGCUCUCAGCCCUGGAGAAGUGGUCACUGCUGGAGCUACCUGUCCGAAUCACGUGGAGAGCUCAUGUUCACACUGUGCAUCUGUGGGAGAGUGUGAGGGGUGGAAUUCCACCAGGCGCAUUAUUAAAAUUCUAAAAGCUGCAAAUGACAGACUUCAUCAAGCAUAUGGUAUAGUUGAAGGCAAAAUACUGGAACGCUUCUUCAAAGGUAAAAAACAAAAUAAGUCCUUCAGUAAUAAGGCCCAAGUGCUUUCUGCUCCUGAGUGUGUCCCCUCUGGGUCUGAGGCCCAGGAUGCCACCUCUGCACUCGGUGCUUGGGUGUGGGUAUGUGGGCAAUGAUUGGCACAACCAAAACCAGCUUUUAUCUUUUCAAAACCAGGAAAUAAUUACCAUGUUUCUCAUUUGGUAAUUGUAUUGUGGCCUCAGAUUUACUUCUAACAGAUUAAUUAUGGUCUUUAUAUAAAGUAAGAUGAAAUAUCACUGAAUUUGCAGUUAUGUUGUAUAAAAGAGCUGCUUCAAAGUGUGGUUGCAAAAGAAACCCACAGAAAGGUGACUUAGUGUUCUUAUGGAUUUUUACUUUGCCACUGUCCAAAUAAGUAUCGAAAUUAUGCAUUAGAACAGUGACUCCAGUUCUGUGAGAUAUUUGGGAAUCUUUACCAAUUAAAAUGUUCAUAGUUCUGCCUAUCGUCCUGUAAGGAUCCAUUGCUGCUUGAUGGCCAUUCUCUGCCUUUUAUAGUCACCUGACAGUGACCCAUCACCUCGCUUGCUUGAGAUCUUGCAGAAAUGUCCUCAUUUCCUGUUUUGCUGUAUGGGCUCUGGUGGGAUGUUGUUGGCUCUGUUGUUUGUUCACCAAUUUGUACAUUAUGUUACCCUUUACUACUGUAAACAGUAAAGAUAGUUUGGUA